AUGAUUGUCACAAGAAGCUGCUUCUCGCGAUUGUUUUCGAGACAAUUCUCGCAAUCUGCAACGAUUGAUACGGUUCCGCUUGUAUUUGACAAACAUGCAGGACCAGAAUCCCCUAAUGCCCCGAUCGUGUUCCUGCACGGACUCUUCGGGUCGAGGCUGAACAACCGGUCUGUUUCCAAGCAACUGGCGAAGAGACUUUUGCGGGAUGUCUACUGUGUUGAUCUGAGAAACCACGGAGACUCCCCCCACAAUUCCCGCCACGAUUAUCCCGCGCUUGCGGCAGAUGUUGCUCGAUUUUUUGAAGACCAUUCCUUGGAGAACCCUAUUGUUAUAGGCCAUUCCAUGGGUGCCAAAACGGCAAUGGCUUUGGUACUCGAGCACCCACGACUUUGCUCAAUGAUGAUUGCUGUGGAUAAUGCUCCGGUGGAUAACUCUGGAUAUUUCGGAACGGGUUUCUCAAAGUUUGGCAAGUAUGCGAGGCAGAUGCGCAUUGUCGAGCAGCGCUGCCAUUCUAGCAAAGAGGCAGAUGCAGUGUUAGCACAAGUUGAAGACUCACUCCCGGUUCGCCAGUUUCUCAUGAGCAAUCUCAAGCGCAAGGGUGAUCACUACACCAGUCGGGUUCCGUUAGAGAUUCUAGCAAAAAGUCUGGAUAACGUUGGCGCCUUUCCGUUUGAUCCACUCUACUCAAGAUGGACUGGUCCAAGUCUUUUUGUAAGAGGAGCAGACAGUCCGUACAUUUCGGACGAGAUGGUGGUGGAGAUCGGCAAGUUUUUCCCAAAUUUUGAGGUCCGCGAUGUCCAAGGAGCAGGUCACUGGCUGAUUAGCGAGAAGCCAAAAGAGUUUAUUGAUAUAGUGGUGGAGUACAUUGAGAGGAUUGAGGAUGAAUAG